CUAGUGCAUGUUGUUUUAUGUAACUUGGUCUACAUGUUUAUACUAUUAUAAGAAAGCUUAAAUGAUUAAGGGUGCAAACUUGGAAAAAUCAGAAAAAGUUUUUCAAUCCCAGCAUUCCCCAACUAGCAUGGUUGGCUGGGGAAUGUGAAGAGCUAUAGGACAUUUCUCUGCCUAAAAAAUGCUUUUCUGUCUAAAAUACUUUCCUUGAUCUACAGAUUUCACUCUAGUUGGGUUCCCAGCAAUUCUAACAGUUGUUUUGUAUUCACUUUCUGUUUGGAACAAGAAAAAUAAAUGGACAUUAAAACUCGACUUGGAAGAAUUUGAUCGAAGUCUUCUGUUCAUUUUUAAGCAGUUGCACUAGGUCGUAAUCAGCCCCUGAAAAAGGAAAAACCAAAAUGGAAAAGUGAUUAUCCGAUGACAGAUGGACAGCUGCGGAGCAAGAGAGAUGAAUUUUGGGACACAGCACCUGCUUUUGAAGGCCGCAAGGAAAUCUGGGAUGCCCUGAAGGCUGCAGCACAUGCGUUUGAGAACAAUGAUCAUGAGUUGGCACAAGCAAUCAUCGAUGGUGCAAGCAUAACAUUACCCCAUGGUGCUCUUACGGAGUGCUAUGAUGAACUGGGAAACAGAUACCAGCUUCCUGUCUACUGCCUUGCCCCGCCCAUCAACAUGAUAGAAGAGAAGGGCGACUUAGAGACCCUGGACAUUCCUGAUCCGCCACCUAACUCUGGUCACGAAUGCCAGCUUCGUUUACGCCUCUCAACAGGCAAAGACCUCAGACUUGUGGUCCGCAGUAUGGACACUGUCUAUCACAUGAAGAGAAGACUGCACACAGUAGAGGGUGUGGAGCCCGGCAGUCAGCGGUGGUUCUUUUCCGGCAGGCCACUGGCAGACAAAAUGAAACUGGAGGAGCUAAAAAUACCAAGGGACUAUGUGGUGCAAGUCAUUGUAAGCCAGCCCUUAACAAGCCCCACCCCGGUGGAGAACUGACUUGGCCUGUAUGCCUCUUCUUUCCCUUUCCUGCUGUUCUAUCAUGAGGGAUUUUUUUUCACUGUUUUCAUUCUCCCAUGCUGAUGGAUUGGUUCCAAACAUUGACCAGCAAAAAUUCCAUCUGUGAUGGAGCUUUAAGGAAACACACACACUCUCUCCUGAACUACCCCUGAAGACUUUGCUCAAUUUAGUAUUUCUUAACACCCCAGUAAGAAACUCUUAACUAAGUUAAAAUGAAAAAAAUGUGUGUGAGAGAGACCAGGCCUGCAGUUAAAAGAAGAUAAAGCUGAAACUGUGCUUUGAACUGUAAGUGAAGUAUUGAUCCAUGAAGGGGAAAAGCACUUUUCAAAGGAUUAAACCAAAUUGAAGUAUUUCAUGAAAUCGGCAUCACUUACAGUUCCACCAAUCAGUGUAGUCAGGCUGGUAAAUCUACGGUGCUGUGAUAUUGGGAGGGGUUGUUUCUGUUACGGUUUUGCUUACUGGCUCAAUAAGGCUGCUACAUAAAGGGACUGGGAUAGGCUUUGAGGUGCACUCAGAAAAUAGUAUGAUUGAUCCCAAAUUCAGGUUUUAGAAACAGGUUAUAGUACAUUCCAGGUUAGCAGCAAAUCAUGAUUUGUCAUUGUUGGCUACAGUAUGUAGUAAAUACUGCCUUCAGGAAAAAAAAGGCAAUAAUUUGGUAAAUCAUAGGGUUUAAACCCUAAAUCCAUGCAUUUUAUUGAAUUGCUUGUGUACUGUAAAGCUCCUGGCUACAAGAAAACUUGUUCUUUGAUUUACUAGCACCAGAAAUGGGUCAUUGCUAGGUCUAGUUAAAAACUCAGUUAUUGAAGGAAUACCAGGCUGAGAGACAAAAACAAAAAAAGUACAGGGCCUCUAUCACUUGGUAUGUUUCCCUCUAAUGAAUUAACCCAAGAUAGUGAUCUUAAAACCCUUUUAUGGAUAGCAAUGGCUAUGAACAAGCUCAGGAACCUUUCAGAAUCAUACACAUCUUUAAGGUAUAGGUAUACAACUUGCUUCAUAGCAUCUGUUACUCCUUUCCCCUGACUUUUAUAUCUGCUUGCCAGUUAAACUAGUGUGUGCACACACAUGCACACACACAUCUUCCAUUAGAAACACACAUGGCAGGAAGGAUUGAAAAUAUACUCCCUGGAAGGUGACACUAUUGUAGGCUGUCUAAUUACUUGAUCUUUACAUUUCACCAUUGCAGCUUUCAAUACAUUUCAUAGUCUGCAUUUGGGGAAAGUGGAUCCACUAGGCUGGUGAAAAACAGUACACAUCCCAGGAACUUCUAAGCAGGAUGGCAUUUUUAAGCACUCUUUAUCUUCCCUGCCAUGGGUUUAGUUGCACUUCUUCACACUCGUGCAUCCAACAUGUCAUUUAAUUGGAGCUUCAAAGUGACCUUGGCAAUAUCAUACAUGCUCACAUUUUCCCUUCAGAAUGUGAAAGCAAGCUGUAUAUCAGAGGAGCAGGUCCUCUGGACAAAAUUGCUAGUGAUCCUACAUAGAACAAUAGCCAAUUUAAAUUUGGGUGAUUGACACUACUCAAAUCUGUCAAAGCAAUGGGCACCCUUUUUACAGAAAUACAUUUGCCUUUCUUAUAAGAGUUUGAACUUUUGAUGAAUUUCUCUCCUUGUUUUUGAUAGACCAUAUUCCUGUUAGCAACAUUAUUAUUAAUUUUCCACUGUUAAGCUUUUACUAACAUUCUCACCAGGCACCAGAUCUGCUUGUCUUUUUGCAUGUGACCCUCUUCAAGUUUUAUAAGGGAGAAAUUAUUCUGAUCCAUGGAGAACAGGAUCUAAGAUGAGCAUCUCCUUUUUGCAGUGAGCAAGUGUCCUAUAACUAACCUAACCUAACCCUAAACUUACUUAGAUUAUCUUGCUGUGACAGCUAAGAACUGGAAUGAUAAAGCUUAUAGGGUUUUCAAUGUAGAUUAGAUUUGAAGGAGUUUCAAAAGGGAACCAUGAUGGGUUUUAUUCUCUAAUUUGUUUUAAUCCCUUUUGAGGAAACCAGAUUUCACAUUUGGUAUCACUUGUCACAUAUAGUCAUCAGAACUACAGCUCUCCUCUAGGCACUGUCUACUACUGCCUAAUCUUUAGUUCAGUCUCAGGACGAAGAAUACUUAAAAUGCUAUGGCAACAACAUAAAGCAAACGAGUUUCUCUUUUCCAGGUACUGACUCAUUCUCCCACUUUCCCUAUAUUCAGUGGCACUAAUAUUCAGAGCAAGCACUUCAUAAUGAAGUGCAAAUUGACACAGAUCCUACACUGGUCACAAAGGGUGCAUGUUGACUUAACAUUGAGAUAUUUAAGGUAGAAUCUAAAUGUGUUCCAGCUCUUUUCAAAAUCACCCCACAUGCAAUCAACGUCAAAAGAGUACGAGCUUACUGCACAAAACUCUUGACAGUUUUCCUAUUGGGGAUAUUGGCUAGAUUUUCGUUUACUCCAUCUGUGUCUGGUGUAGUUCCUUUUCCUUUCUGUGGACAAAACAGGCAAGCCACUGCCACCGCAUAUCAGAGGAAGCAAGUCCUGCAAGAUAAAGCAUACAUCCAGUCCUUUUUUCUUUUUCUAUGUUAGGAAAAGAGACAAAGAUAAUUACAGCUGCUAAGGAUCAAUCAAGGUAUAUGCAGGCUAAUGACUUUUAAAACAGCUUCUGCCUCUUUUAGAAUGUGUUCUCCAAGAUCAUUUAGACCAUUUUCAGACCAUGUUUCUUGAUGACAAAGAAAGCCGCAGUGGGGGAGGUGGGCUCGUCAAGAUGCCCUCCAUGGAGCCUCUUGGAGGGUAAGGACAGGCCUUCCACUGCUCCUUGUUGUCAUUGGCAACAGACUGGGAAGAAGAGAACUGGGAAAUGAGUGACGUGCAUUUCAAGGAGAUGCUUGCUCUUGUCACGCGUAACAAGAGGUCAGGUAAGAAAGGAGCACUGACUUCCACCUCUCCUCUUCCUUCGGUGCUGGGGAUGGAUGUCCCGUCAUCUCUGUUACCCAGAUGGGCCCUUGACUGCUGCUUCAGGAUGCCAUCCCAGAGCACUGGCCACACUUGAUCUUAAUAGUCUUUCCACAUGCAUUUUAGAGAUUUGGCAAAGAAUUAGGCCAUUGGUAAAACACUCUGUAGCAAAUGCAUUGUUCUUAAAGAGGAGUUGCAGGAUGACAUUUGGAGAGCUGCUCUCUUCCCUCCCGGCCCCCUCAUCCCAUGGCUCUUCUGAAUGCAGUGAGAAAGUCUGCCUGACAGAAUUGAGCUCAUUCUUUAAUGCAGUGAUAAUCUCCUGUACUAUUUACAUGUAUGUGUUAAUAUAUAUGAAGGAAUAAAAACGUGCAAUUAGAUCACAUCUUUUAAAAUGAAUAUGCAGUGGGAGAAAGGGAGCUCUCAUCCCACUCUUGCAAUUAGAAUGGGAUAGCUUGGAAGGAAAAGUUUUGUAUUCCUGCAUUCAGAAUGGCAGUAAAGAUUUGGCCAGCAGGAAUGAAGGGCCAACUUUGAACUAGUGUGUAAAUGUACGUGCAUGGUAAACGUAUAUACCUCCUCCUUGCACUGAUGGUAAGCACUCAAGGACUGCUGUCCUUUAUAGGCAAGGUGAUCAGAGCUCACUUUGGGAGCUCUGACUCUACACAAAAAAAAAUCUCAUGGAUGAAUAGUUUUUACUUUGAUUGGAAAGUGCAUGCAUCUCAGAACAAAGCAGGAAUCUUCCUCCUCCUGUUUAUCACUCUUGAAAGAAAUCAUUUUAAGGGUGAACUUGAUUAUAGGUUAUGAAUAUGUCGCUAGGGAUCUGCACCCCUCACCCCCUCACACAGGAGUUAGGCUGAGCAAGCCAGCACUGUUCAUCUCUACCCCCAAGCAAUUUCAUUCAUUACUUUUAACAGAAGAUCAAUUCGAACAAGCACUGUUAAGUGCAUUUGAAGUCUAUCAGUACAUAGACUGGAGUCUGAUCCAUUGCCUGCCUGCCCACCGGCCUGCCCUCUCCCGACCUAGAAGCUGAGCUGCCUUCCUCUCCCCCACCUGCUUCAGUCCAGUGUAUAUCAGGGAGAUGCAUUAUGAAGACAGAACACUUGACUUUGAGCUAUCAAGAGCAAACAAGCAAGCAGUAACAGGACAGAUACAAUGCAUUUCUGCGUCACUUCCAAUUAGCAUGCUUCCCUUUGCUAGUGAAUUAUAUCUACAAACAUGUGGUGGUGGCAGGUCUGCUGAGCAGAGAGCUUUGGUUUUCACACUUGUUAUUGCAAAGGUGUCACUAGUACAUGACCCAGGAGUAAUGGACUGUCUGUAAUCUGCUUGUCCUGGAAUAGCUUGAAAGGCGAAAGGACAGUAGCACUGUUUGUACUGCUUUGUGUAAAAAGAAAGAAAGAAAAUGAAUGACUGAAUGGAGACAAAAAAAUGCUCACUGUACUUCACCCUAUUUGGAAAAAGGACGAUGUGAUCAGAAUGUUGAUCCACUGGCAUAAGCAUCAAAGAUGCUUUCACCCUUCUAUCCAAAACGUUUGUCUAUGAGAUUCUGAAAAUGUUCCUAUUAAGACCUGUCUUUAUAAUUCCCUGGAUCUUUAAAGGGGCAUUUUAAGGAAAUUAUGUGUUGUGAAAUUGCAGUGUAAUAAACCAGGUUUUAAGAUUAUCUUGAUGGGAAACAUAAUAUCCCUUACUUUUCUUAAUAUGAUAGUUUCACAAUUCAUUUUACAAAAAUCAUUAGGAUUUUUUAUUGAUGUGAUAGAGCAAUAUAUUCAGCUGUAUAUAUUCAGCACAAUAUUUGAUAAAACAGGAUAAAUGUCACUGACAAAAUGAGGAAAUUGUCUUGCAUAUAAGUGCAUUAUUCCUUAGGGAGAAAAUAUAAUAACAAAAACAUACCUAUUAGGCUAAUGCAGUUUUGUCCUGUUUUUAAAAAAUCACUUCAGCACUGCAAGCAUUAACAUAUCAUCUCUUAAUUUGUCUCUAUCAUGUUUGAAAUUGAUUUGUUAUAGUUAUGCAUAUCAGAAGCCUGAAAUGAUCUGGCUUUCUAACAAAGAGUUCUCUGGUUUUCUUUAUAUGAUCUUGCCUGCCUAGGUGGUAUUUGUUUAAGAAUGCAGGGAGCUUUCUGUGGCUGCAGUUUCUUCAGAGCUCAGGCAAUAAUAAUUGGCAAUAAUAAUCCAACUCUGAUGUACUUUAUUUGCAGCCUUUUCCCCAAAUGUGUUUAAUGUAAGAACACCCAACAGUAGGUAAGAAAUACUACAAAUGCUUUACUAAAUUUAGACAGAAGUAAACUGCCUUUUCAACAGAAGUUUAUUCAAAACCGGGGGAAUUUGCAACUGAAACACUGGCAACUUCACAGUUCUUUUGUCUAGAACUACUUUGGCUGAUUUUAAAACAUUUGGUGACAACAAAGUGUGCUUAAUUCAGCCAUUUUUUCUCUUCUCUCUACGUAGUUUCUGGUUCAAUUAUAUGGAGCCCAGGAGAACAGACUCCAGGGCUGUAACUCCCCUUUUGGGAGAGGAGUGUACAGUGAUGCAUGUCAGCAAGCUUAUUAAUUACUAAUACUAUAAAGUUUGUUUUUGUUUAAGCACAGUUGGCUGCAUUAUGAAGCCUGAACCCAGCUGGCAUUCAGAAUCCAUGAAGAAGUGGAUGAGACUAUGUAUUGGAUAUUUCUGGGUAUUGUGCAAAUGAUCUGUGGAUCAAACCAUGUUGUGAAAUAGACAGUGCAUGCAGGAUCAUUUUCAUUGGGGAUAGAAGACUUUAUCUUUUAAUUCUCCCUUUUCUGGCAAUUGGAUCCAGCCAAAGAUGGGAGACAACUUCAAGGGUUUGUGUUUGUUUGUCGUUUUGUUUUCUAAACACAGUUUGCUGGGGCUUUAACUGAAAUAAUGAAAUGGCCUUCUGCCGAGGGCCUUACUGGUGCCUCUCUUCUCCAUGUCCUGGGAAUGUCUAGAAACUGGAGAUCGCCUUUUGAGCAAUGUCUGCAGUUGUGCACUAGGCAGCUGGAGGUGUGUAAUGACCCUCUUCUCCAAUGUGAUGAGCGAAGGACAUGGGUUUAAUGUCCUAUUUGCCUCAUGGUAGUGGCUUCCAAAGAUGGCUGGUACCAUCAAUUUGUAUUUCUUAAAUAAAAUAUCUUCUCUUUUCUGGUAAAAAAAUUUUGUACAGUGUUUGUUGUGUGCCAUGUAUCAAAGAAGCAUUCAUUGUUACAUAAGUGGCUGGUAAUUUGGUACUGAUACAAAGAAACACAGUUUCAAUAGCUAAACAGGGAAAUCGGAUGAGGGGACUUACCAUGAUGUUACCCUUUUUCCCCUGUAACUUUUAUAAAAUUAAGGCAUCUUCUACACGUACACACAGGUUGUGUGAAGCUUUUUUUACAGGCUCCUUCAGCCAAAGGACAAAUCCUUAUCCUGUUUGGAAUUUUAGUGGACAUUUGGUUAACCUUCUCAAGGUGCACUAUAUAUUUAUGCUGUACCUCUGUUAUGCUGACACUGCAGUAGUUUGUGCAGACAUUUUAAAAUCUAUAGUAAAGCACAAGUCAGUUCUUUGUGAACACCUAAAUGAAGUAAGGGUUUCUAAAUGAAGCAACAUGAUUUCCUGAAGUCAGAAAUGUGCUGUAUAGCGAACGCUAUGUAUUAAACUGAAAGGAAAAAUAAAACCACUUCUGGUUAUUUUUCUGCUUUUAAAAAUAAAACUGGUACUGGAAAUGCCUUGCCUUAAAA